AUGUCGUCAGAUUCUCGACGCGACAGAUCAUCUUGGAAUCACUUUGAUAUUGUUCUCUCUAUUACUCAUUUUGUCGGAUUCGUAACAAUUUGUCUGAAUGGAUACUUCUUCAAUACAUUUAAAAAUGGACUCGGAUGGCCUAUUCCAUUGAAUACAACUGGAACAAUGGAUGGAAAUACAAUGGGCAUUAUUGGCAAAAAAGGAGAUCAGUUACACGCAUUUUUGAUGGUUUUAGCCUUCAUCUACUUUCAAGGAGAAGCUCUACUGGCUUAUCGAGCCUACCGAUACGAUGCAAAAAUGAUUUCAAAACUUUUGCAUACAGCUCUUCAUUGUACUGCAAUAGGAUUGGCAAUCACUGCUCUUGUUGUUAUUAUUAUGAGCACGAAUUAUACAGGAUACAAUAACUUCACAAGUGUUCACAGUUGGAUUGGCGUUUGCCUUAUCGCCGCUUAUCUUGUUCAAUUUUCGUUCGGUUUCAUAACCUACUUGUGUCCAUGUUCUCCUGGAAGCCAUCGUGCUCGUCUGAUGCCAGUUCAUCGUGCAGUUGGAGUCAGUUGCUUUGUGGUUGCAUGUGUUCAGUGUUGUCUAGGAUUUGGAAAUGUUCUUUUGGAAGGACAACCUGCCUGCUUCGGUGAUCUCUCCUGUAAGAAUCGAAUCGAAUACGUCGGAGCCUUCUGUGUUCUUUCCAUUAUUCUCUAUACACUUCUUGUCUUAGCUCUGAUUAUUCCAAAGCCAUGGAGAAGAGAGAAAACUCCAGAUGAGUUGAAUUUUUAUUCUCCUGAAGAAUGGUCGAAAAGACUUGGAAUCACUCGUCCAAUUCACGGAAUAGCAGAAGGAGUAUUUGGUAUACUUAUUGCAAUAGCAUACAUCCCAAUGAUAAACUUGAUGCUCGAGAAAGAUCAUUAUAAGAUGUCAUGCUAUAAAAUCAUGAUAUUCCUGGCAAUCGUUGAUGUCUUAUCCAUUGUUCUCAUUUGCCCGAUAGAAGGUUGGCUAGCUUACCACGGAGCAGUCUACUGUACAUAUCCUAAUCUUAUAUUUCUAUCUGGAAUGUCUGCUCAAUCUCUCUGGUGUUGUUCUUGUGUGACUGCACUCAUUCUUGUCACCAACCGACUUUUCGACCUACUUUCUUCAAAAGCCAGUUCAUUUUUAUUCGAUGGAAAACGCACUUACAUCGUCAUUUUUCUUGCAAUUUGUUAUGGACUGUACUUUUUCUUUUUCACCAGGCCAGUCCUUUUUAAUUCAAAAUUCCAUUCUUGGCAGUACGAUCCAAUGAUUUAUGAGGGGAGAAGUUCGGAGUACACGAAUGUGGCGACAAUCUACAAUAAUGUUUUGGUCGUAUUUGCAACUUGUCUGAUGUAUGUUGUUUUCUGCAUUGCACUCGGAUCAAAACUCAAAACUGUGUCUGGUCCGUCAGAGUCGAGAAAUGCGCUCUCUUUUGGAACUUUCCUCUUUCCUCGUGUUCCGGAAUCGUUUCGUGCUCGUUUGAUGUCAGUUCACAGAGCAGUUGGCAUCAGUUGUAUGAUUAUCUCUUGUGUGCAAUAUUGUCUUGGAUACCAGCAAAUGAUUCAUAACAAACUAGAAUGCUUCAAAGAUUUGUCUUGCAAGAACAGAACCGAGUACAUUGGAGCAAUUGCAAUGCUUUUCACCAUACUGUACACUCUUCUCAUAUUGGCUGUAGUCACGCCAAAACCGUGGAGAAGAGAGAAAACUGUAGAUGAACUCAAGUGA